AUGGCGACAGCGGCAGCUGCCGCUGCUGCGACUGAGGCGCCGAUGGAGUCCACAUCGCCUGCUGCUCACUUGCAACGUGCAAAACCACGUGUGCCCCAUCCAUUCUCCGAUCCACAGGCGCCUCCGACAGCCGCGGCGCCAGCGCAGAGACUGAGCGCCUCUAAUAAAAUGGGGGACACUUGCAGCAGUAUCCUCCUCGAGUCUGUGCGGCGCUCGUCAUCCGCGGCAGACGCGGAUGCAUGGACAGCGGCGGGGUCAGUAGGCGUCGCUUCGCACGAUUGGGCUUCCUCGAACAGCAACGUAGCCAAAGCCCAGUGGGCGGCGCCCGCGGCACCGCGCGGCGGUGGUGAAGCGGCCGGCGGUGGUCAGCCAUCGAUUAGCAUGAAUUGGGCUCUCUUUGAGCGCAAAUGGAGUGGGUGGGAAGGAAGUAGCAGCGCCACGGCGGAGCGACCGGGGAGUGACGAUGGCGCGCGGGCAGGGGCCGCCAAAGUGCUCCCCAUAUUUCCCACCCAAAGUGACGACGCCCGUCAAAAGAGCCACGUUGGGGGCGGAGGUGCGUUCGCGGAGCGCAACGAGUUGCAUCGCCAGCACCAGCCAUGCGACCUGACGGCGGGCCACCUCAAUAGCUAUAGCAACCCUAGCGGCCAGUUUCAGGCUGCCUAUGUCUUCCCUCCCAAGAAAACGCAUAGCGGCAACUCACUCCAACAUCACGGGGGAGUUCCUCGGCAUCACCAGACUCACCAACAACAGCAACACCACCACAAUUGUGUCCAUGUUGUUGGUGCUCCUCGUCGGUGCCACCGACGUCGUGGAUUUGGUGCCGCAGCAGUGGAGGUGAUUCGCAACCGGACACUGAAAGGAACUAACUCCCCGCAACACAACACACUCUCCCCCACGUUAAAGGGACGCAAGCAGCAAGUCCGAUCCUGUCACGUCAGUGAACAUGAGCCUCACGUGGGGUUCCCGGUCCCAUUGCCUCGUUCGAAGUUACUCUUGUGUGGUAGGGAAUUGCCCGCGACGCCAGUGGAUGGUGAGGCAAAAACGAAUUUUAGUGCGUCAGAAUCUGAAUUGGGGAGCUGGAUGGUGGGGGAGAACACGCCUACGGCGUUUCUGCUGUCGGCCAUUGCGCCCUUCUAUGACUGUGCGAUCCAGCAACUCAUCAUCCAGUGCGAAAGACGAGUAGCCAAUGCGCCGGUAGUUGUGAAUGAAAUCCCCUGCCAUCAGAAUACUGACACUUUACAGCAACAGCAAUUGUCGUCAUUUUUUGCAAGCAUCCGUUCGUUUGACAUGCAACCCUCCGAGUCUUUUAAGCCCCUUUCAGCAACUCCGGCGAAAUUUUCUUCACCGCAGCUUGCCUUUUCUAUGCAGUCACGUCGUUGUAGCAGUGAGGCUUUACAGCAGCAGCAGCAGCGGAGUGGGUUGGAAGAGCUGCUCGGAACAUCGAACGAUAUGGACUCUACACUCGAUGAGUUACACCGGAGGGGAGGGGAGGGAACUCAAACUGAAGUUGCAGCGGGUGGGGGACUUUUCACGCUUCUGUCAGAGGAGAGACAAGAGCAAGAAACUUCCCCCACGAUGGUGCAGCAGUUAAUUGAAUCUAUUGGGCUUCACGUGGCGUAUGGUGAUGCUGCUCCUAUGGCGUUAAUAGGGGCGCUGGUGUAUAUGUCACGUAUCACGCUGCAGUGUACGUCGGAGCAUUUUGGUGUAACAACGGCAAACUGGUACCGACUCAUUACCAUUGCCAUUUUGGUUGCAACAAAGAUGUACGUAGAUGGGUCGCGACGAUGGAAUGAGCGCAUUGCCAACGCUGCUGGCCUUUCCUUAAAAGAGGUUAAUAAACUUGAGCUGGAUUUUUUGUUUCUUAUUGACUUUGCGUUGCUGAUCAAGGAGGAAGAGGUGGAAGCCUGGGCGGAGUGGAUGGAGUCGGUGGCAAGGCGACGCGGAAUGUCAUCCCAGUUGCGCGCAUUUAUUUUUGGAAGAAGCAGUGGCCCGGCAUCUACCGCCACGACCCCAGUAUCUUCGUUUGCGGGGGAAGAGGUACCCCCGCUAUCACUUUCGCACAUGCCGGCGACGCCCAUGUCCCUUACACCGGCAAACAUGACACCGCAGACCAACGCCCAUUUGUCCCCCGGGGCUAUGCAGUCGGCGGCUGGUUGUUCUCAGCGACCUUCCAUGUCCUCUGUCCCGGAAUUGGGUGAAAAGUGCCCUCAAGGAAAUCCGCAGUUGCAUCCUUCGCCGUCCCCGCUUCCAGCUUGCGAAGCCCCAAGCCCGUUUUCCCCUUCACCUAUGCAUGCUCCACUGGAUCCUCGCAGAACAGAACGUCUUUUUUCCGUUGUACAUGCACCAGAAGAGCCCUUGACGCCACCCAAUCUACAGCAAAUGUCAAGGCUAUUCGAUGAUGCUCCAACGCCCAUGAUGUGGACACCACCCGAGCAAGAGACCAUGUCACCCAUAGAGUUCUUUAAAAGGUCUUCUCGUGUGGAGUGCGCUUGUAAUGAUGACACAACUUUGGAGCGAGCGAGGCACGGCAUGGAGGGGUCGCAAAAAAGUACGGAUAGGAACGACACCCAACAAUUGGAAAUUGAUGCGUUUGCGAGGGAGCAAACUCCUCCACAUCAUCCAAUGAAUGUAUUGUCUCCACCCGAGGGACUUGGUAUGUCAUUACUUCCUCCGGGUGUGGGGUACAACGGUUUUAUAAAUUUCAACAGGAGCGGCAGUAAUAAGGAUAUCCCAUCCACGGACGGAGCGACGUCCCCUGCAACAGUGCCACACGCAGCGUACCCUCUGCACCCGACACACGAUAACACUGUGCGAGGGCAUGCAGCAAAUGUUCCGGCGUUUUCCUACGCCGAAGCCCAAUCCAAGCAGGGCAAGUUGAACACGACUGUGCUGUCACCGCAGAUUCACAGCUGCUCCAAGAGUGGCAAGUUGAUGCACGUGAUUUCGCAGGUACGCGAGGUGUUUGGUGCGACGCGGUCAGUUGUGCGCGGCACCCCCCUCAAUGUACUGAGCCUGGAUGCCGACUGCGAUGGAAGUACCGGCAUUGAAGAGCGAGGCCCAUACAAAAAAGACAAGGAAGUUGACGACUAUGAUGUCGCUGAAUGCGAGGAAGAAGACGGCCAUGAUGAAUUUGAGGAUGAUAUUGAGGAUGACAGGGAAAAUAUCUUUACACGCUUCCACCCGGUGCCGACGCACUCCCCACCGGCAUGA